AAUUUGAGCCCAAUGCAAGUGCCCAUAAGCCCAAGUUCCUAACCCUUACCCGGUUGCCAUUUACCACCCGGUUACUCUGUCUGUCUCUCUCGAUUCCGGCGAAAUCCAAGCGUUGAAUUUCAGGCAAAUCGGCGGCAGGCGGCAGCUCAUUUUCACUGUUAGCUGAUGGGAUUUGGGAAUAGAGGAAUCGUUGCUGACAAAUGGUCAGGGAGGCUUUUAUGGGUCUGUGCAAUUGGAAGUGCAAUUGGGUUCUAUAUGGUCGCUGUGGAAAGACAAACUCAGAAUAGAGCAAGAAUGAUGGCUGAAGCACUGGCGGAGGCAGGAUCAAGUAUAGAUGCCAGCGAAAAAAGUUGAUAUUAUGGACUUGUGAUAAUGCUAAUGCAUUUCCAUUAGGUGUCGUUUCUUUCCUGGGGCCUUUCUUAUGUUUUGGCAAUCUGAGUCAUGCUCUGGAAACUAUUCUGUUGUAAUAAAUACUCGCAAUCCUCAUAAACAAAAAGACAUUGCUGGACAAAAAUUCGAGUUGGGAAAUGUGCGACUCUAGUAAUUUAAGCAUUUGCGCCGCCUAAGUUUGGUUAGAAAUGAAAGAGAAAAGAAGCUGCACGUCCUAAAUUAAAUUGGGAGAUGCUACCCAUGAAAGCAGCAACGAAGGGAGCAUAAAGUAAUAUAUUGAAUUCUUGUUUGUGCAACAAAGAGAAGAAUACAGUGUUAUAUAUUGAAUUCUGGUUUUCAUUUA